AUGAGACUAGCUCUGUGGGAAGCACGUCAUGCGGCCGCGCUAAAGAAUUACGAUGCUGCGGCUCGAUCCUAUAUGACAUUAUUCAAUGACCUUGAACUCGAAGAUCGACGAAAAUAUCUGGAUGAAUUUGUUUCUGUAUUGGAAGAGAUGAGUUCAGACGAUGGUGGCGGUGAUUAUUCGAGACAAAUUAUGUUACUACUUCAUAGUCGUGUGCUAUUCCCGCAUGAAGCUGUUGUUUUGAAUGCAUCAGCUAAAUUCUUCUUUGCUGUUGGGCGUCUUUUGGAAGCUUUUGAUUUUGCUCAGGAAGCAGUCAGUGGAAGCGAAGGUCUACCACAUGUUUAUGCGCUUGUAAACUUGGAAAAUAUUAAAUCGAAUAUCAUGGACCAGUGGCAUUGGGCAAUGUUAAAUGAUGCUAAGCGUAAUGCUGCUUAUGCGGCUGCUAUAGAACUUGUGGCUAAUUGGAGACCAGAAAGUCGUGUUCUCGAUAUUGGUACGGGCACUGGUCUGCUCACAUCAAUUGCACGCAGGCACUUCAAAAACGAUGUAUAUUGUUGUGAAGUUGAUCUGAAUAUGUGUGACAUUGCUGAGAAAGUACUGAAUGAAGCGGUGAUCCGUAAACAUUCUUCGGAUGUUAUGAUCGAGGAUAUUGGUUCCGAAAAGGUAGAUGUAAUAAUUACCGAAACGAUGGACUGUGGUUUAUUAGGAGAAGGUAUUGCAUGCUCAUUAUAUGACGUACAGACACGAAUCUUGUCAUCGUCACCAAUUAUUGUUCCGAGAUGUGCAACGGUGUAUGCAUGCAUCAUCGAGAGUCCAGCAAUAAUGGAUGAGCAUAUCGCAGUUUUUUGUGGACAUCGUUUUGCUUCAGAUAGCGUCACAUUUUCAUACGACCCUCAGAGAAGAUCAGAGAUGAUGGAACUGGAACCAUACUGGUGUUCUUCAGUAACUGAAAUUCGUGGAGGAUACAGAAUCUUGAGCAAAACUGUUGAAAUAUUCGCGGUAAAUUUUGACAGUUGUGCAGAACUGGAAAAAAUUGUUAACGAUGGCACCACAGAUCUGCGAAUGGCCCCCAUAAUACGUGAUGGUACUGCACACUGCAUCAUGGCAUGGUUCAGCUGCGUAUUGUUUCCUGGUGCACCAAUUCUUGAUACAAGUCCAGAAACAGGCGGCUGUUGGCAGCAAGCAUUAUAUCCGUUACCAAAACCGAUAACCUUGCAUCGGGGUGCCAUUUGUACAUUGAAAGUUAAGUCUUUCAAGGAUCGAUUGUUGUGUGCUCUUCGAGAUAUUGUUAUUCCUGAAGAUCUUGAAGUUGCUGAAAAUGCAGGGCAAUCAUGCAGCAGUAACAAUGACAACAGCACAUCAUUCAAAGGGAAUAAUACUGAAGAAGAAUCAAAAAUUGACGAAGAUGAAGAACUACCAUCGAAACGUACCAAGCAUGAUAGCGAAACAACUGCCAAUAUGAUAAUUAGUUAUAAGAAUUAUGCAUCAACGGAUGCUAUUACUGUUCUACCCAAUAACGAUUUUUUAUUGAUGAACGAUAAGCAGUUAAUACAUUUUUUCAAACGCAGUUUGGUUGAUAUCCAACGACAAGAAGGAAUGUUAAAUAAGGACCGGGAUAUCUACAUCCUUGAUAUAACCAAUUUGGGUGCAGUGUCGAUAGCUAUGGUGAAUGCGUUUCCAGAAAUGCAGUUUAGUUGUUAUAAUAAUGACGCCCAUAAACUGGUUCAUCUUUUCUCCCCUCAUGUCCACAACUUUGGCGCAUUUCCGGAUAAUCAAGAUUCUCUCUUGACAGAUGGGAGCAUGACUGAGAAUGGCUGCCCACUGAUAUCAUCCAAACCCCCUCGAACUUAUUUCGAGGAUGCUGAAUGUUCUGAUGCACUAAUAUGUUGGCCAGUUAGUUCGCAUGGGUUUCUUCUGGAAACAGUGCUAAAUCGUGUGCUCAGUUUCCGUCUUUCUAAUCAGCAAGCGCAAAUUAUUCCAUCGAAGAUUUCGGUUAUGGGUCAAAUUGUGAGUUGCCCCGAUAUUGUAAAACGAUCCAAGCCAUGUCCUUCGGCAUAUCAAGGAGUUGACCUCUCAGCAAUCACUGAUCUCGCUAUUUCAUUUUAUUAUGACAUCGAGCUUUCUGUUUUAAAGCAUGAAGUAUUUUCUAAUCCAUUUGAACUUAUGGCCAUUCGAUUUGAUAAGCCAAUGCCAGUAAAUCGAUCGGAAAUGCCGGAAUUUAUUUGCCUUACCGAAAUACCAUCGGAAUUCAUUAUCAAUGCAGAUGGUGUAGCCGAUGGUUUACUAUUCUGGUUUGAUGUUGAAAAUGGCAAGCAUUUGUACAGUACUCGCUCUUCCAAUACUCUCACUCGAUGUGCCUUAUAUUUAUUUGACGAAAGUCGUGAGGUGUCGAAAUAUGAUCGUAUCUACAUCAAAUCUUCUAAUUAUCAUGGUAAUUUGACCUUUGAGAUGGUAUGA